AUGUCCUUUGCUGGUGUGAAUUUGGAUAGGGCUUUCGACUUACAUUUAGAUUCGUGCAACCUAAUACAGUAUGAUAGUUGUAUCGAUCAACUUAUUGAAGAUGAGAGGGUUGUGACAAAGGAGUUCUCGUCGCUAGAUUCAGAGCUUAUUAGAGAAUCUUUGAAAGCCAUAAUUUACAUGUUAAAGAAGAUCAAUGAAAUCAACUCAUACUUGCAUUGCUUGGUAACUGUUGUGAAUCAACGUCGUCAGGAGGGCAAGUCUGAGCUUGAUGAAUUACUGUCUCAGCUUAAAGAAAAGGGCUUUUUCGAGUUCUCUGAUCUGCCCAGUGAUAAUGCUGCUCAAGAAAAUAGGGAGGGCUCCAAAUUACAUCUUUUGAUAGAUAAAGCUAAGAAUGCAGUUUUUCCUAGUCUUCCCACUCAUUAUGUGGUCCAAGGACUUCUGGACUACUCGUUCGUUUUCUCUUUAAAUGGCGAACAUCACCAGCUAGAUGGUGUCGAGGAUUGCCUGGGAUCUGUUGAAGGAUGUUGUGAAUAUAAUGCUAUGUUGCUGAGAGAGGAAUUCUGUCUUAACAGAGUUUAUGAUGCUACCAUAUAUGACACGUUUGGAGAUGCAUUAUCUGUGGUGCUACUGACAGUGCGAGUCAGGGCGCGGUGUGAGGAUGUGGUUGUUAGCGCUUAGAUAGUUCGUGCUGUGGAUCUCGAUUCUUAGCCUCAAAUUACUCCUACUUCAUUAUGUUGCUAUUAUGUAGGAAUUUACAUGAUUGUGGUUUGAGUUUAGUUGUAUUUGAGUUUUUCCUUUGGUAGUGGUUUAGUCG